GAUAUAAAAGUCAGGCUUUCUAAAAAUUCUGAAUUAUUACGUAAUUCAAAAACUAUGAACACUGUUUACUGUUUUUCUGAAAAUUCAAAUUUGUCACAAGAUUCUUCUAAUAGAUUACCAGGUUUCGAAGAAAACCAUCAAUCAUAG